UUUACGACAUAACCGACGGCUUACGGCAGGCUGCUCGAACAGCCAUGACCACAAGGACAACGCCAGGAUUUCACGUUGCUAGUACAUAAAUUAACUUAAUUCACCUGCCCAACUACCAAAGCGACCUUGGGGUGCCACCCCACUUCUCACAUGGCCAACCCACUAAGAGGCGAAGUUAUUAGGCUUUACAAAAACCUGCUGUAUCUUGGUCGGGAUUACCCAGAGGGAUCGGCCUUUUUCCGAGAGCGCCUCAAGUCGGCCUUCAUGAAGAAUAAAGACGUGACGGACCCUGAACACAUUAAAAAGCUCGUUGGACGCGGCGAGUUUGUCAUCAAAGAGCUGGAGGCACUCUACUUCCUCAAGAAAUACAGAGCAAUGAAAAAGCGCUAUUAUGACCCGGAAACAAAAUGAUAAACCCUAUGAUGUCAUUAUCAUAACUAUGAAAUUCUCAUCGUGGACUGUAGUGCAGAACGGUGCUGUCCAUUUGCCAUAAUUAGUCACAUUUCAAAUAAUUCUGCAGUGUGUUUUCAAAACAUGCUCUCGAGAGGACAACACUCAAAAAUGAACAUUUUAAUGUAUUGUAGAAGUCUUUUGUGAGUACACAAACAGAUGCAAGCAACUCUUUAACAGUUAAAUUAUUGCUCCCAACAAACCAUACAGCCAUACAUUCGCAUGAGGAUGAUCUGUGGUUCAAGGGUAGCUUGACGAAUGUACAGUAAAUCUGUUUAAUAAGUACUAUUGAACAGCAAACAAAGAAGCCUCACGUACUUGGAUUACCUUCCUAGGGUUUGUUAUGGUGGAUAAAAUAGCCACAUUGUCUGACAUAUGAAUCAAUAAAUGGACCCAUUUGUAAA